AUGGAAGAGCUUGGCGUCAUCAAGAAGGUUGAACACGCUACGGAAUGGUGUGCGCCAAUGGUCGUCGUCAGAAAAAAGAACGGAAGCCUGCGCAUUUGCGUAGAUUACGGCGAACUAAACGCACAGGUUGUCCGCGAGCGCAUCUUUAUGCCGACGGUUGAAGAGAAUCUCAACAAGGUCACACAGGCAAAAGUUUUCAGCAAGCUCGACUGCAACGCUGGCUACUGGCAAGCGCCUCUCUCCCCAGAAAGCUGCGAACUGACGACGUUUAUAACGCCACUAGGAAGAUACCAGUUUUUGCGUCUUCCAUUUGGAAUUGCUACUGCCCCUGAGUUUUUCCAACGCGAGAUGCUCCGGAUCCUGCAAGGACUCGAAGGCACAGUGUGCCACAUGGACGACGUUCUGAUAUUCGGGCGGAACGAAGACGAGCACGAUAAGCGACUGCACGCUGUGCUACACCCGGACAAGACCGAAGCCAUUCGGAAGAUGCCAGCACCGCAGUCGGUUAGCGAGCUGCGCUCAUUUUUCGGCAUGCUCAACCACCUUGCAAAGUUUCUUCCUCAAGUGGCCGAAAAGACGAAAGCCCUCCGCGAUCUUCUGGCGUCAGAUGCUGCGUGGUACUGGGGCCCUCAGCAACAGGAAGCUUUCGAGAAGAUAAAAGAAGAGCUCGCGAGCACCCUUGUUCUCACGUACUACUCCCGAUUGCGGCCACAUACGCUGUCAGUAGACGCGUCGUCGUAUGGUCUCGGAGCGGUACUCCUACAGGACGCGUCGGAUGGCGAACGUCAUCCAGUUGCGUACGCUUCCAGAGCACUGACUACGACUGAGCAGCGUUACGCGCAAGUGGAAAAUGAGGCCUUGGCGGUAACGUGGGAGUGUGAGAAAUUUCGUAUGUACGUGCUGGGCCUCCCUUUUCAAGUACAAACGGACCACAAGCCUCUAGUACCGAUCCUGACUUCUAAGAGGCUAGGUGACCUCACUCCUCGUCUGCAAAGACUGCGAAUGCGUACCUUGGAGUACGACUUCUCAGUCACAUAUGUACCCGGCAAGGAGUUGUACACUGCCGACGUGUUUUCCAGAAAUCCGGUUCCUGACGUCAACGGCAAUAAUGACAUGUUGGAGUCGGCUGUCAAGGACUUCGAGGUCCUCACCGUAGACCUGCUGCCGGCAUCACGCAACAUGCUUUCGCGCAUCAGAAACGCUUUGCGGAUAGAUCAAACAUUGUGCCGAGUAAUGGAGUACUGCGAAACACAAUGGCCUCCUGCCAACACCCUCCCAGCCGAUCUGUGUAAGUACGCCAGCCUCUCCGAGGAGCUCUCCGUCGUCAGAGGUCUGCUCCUACGCGGGUGUCGUCUGGUCGUGCCCCCAGUUCUUCGCAAUGAAAUCCUGGAAAGGUUGCACACAGGACACCAGGGGAUUACGAGGUGCCGAGCGAGAGCUCGGGAGUCAGCGUGGUGGCCAGGAAUCAGUCUGGAAUUACAGGACUACAUACGCGGAUGCCCGACCUGCAAGGAGCAUCGAAUCCCGGGGGUGGAACCACUAAUGCAGUCGACGCUACCGCAACGACCGUGUGAGACGAUCGGCAUUGACUUGUUCUACGCCAAUGGACGAAGCUACUUGGUAGUCGUCGACUAUUUUUCGAAGUUUUUUGAGCUGAGCAGACUCAAGACCACAACGAGCGCAAACGUAAUUGCGAAGAUUCGGCCUAUGUUGGCACGGUUUGGCCUGCCUGACGUUGUUCGGUCGGACAACGGCCCUGAAUUCGCAUCAGGAGAAUUUCAGCGGUUUCUGUCGACGCAAGGAAUCAAGCACGUCACGUCGAGCCCACAUUUUCCGCAAAGCAAUGGACAGGCCGAACGCACGGUCCAGACGGCGAAGGCCCUUUUGAAAAAGGAACCGGACGUCAACAGCGCCCUCCUAGCACACCGGACGACACCCAGAAGCUGUGGGUACGCGCCGGCCGAACUCCUGAUGGGAAGACGACUCCAAUCGAACGUCCCUGUGAACCCGAAAUCCCUCAUCCCUUCGUGGCCAUAUCUCCACACAUACCGAAAACGGUAUCGGAAACAACAGGUCGCAAGGGCAACUGUGUAUAACUCGCGACACCGGGUGGCGGAGCGUCCAGAGCUGCGGAGCGGUACAAGGGUCCGCAUCCUGGCGGGCGCCGGAGCACAUGGGACAUGGGAGCAUGAUUCUUUGACAAGCAGGAACCCUGAGGUCGUAUGUUGUGGGAACGGAGGGUGGCCCCACAAGGCGAACCACGAGACACCUACAGGAGUCGUUUUCAACCACAGCCGGACAGAAACAGCCGACAACAGUCGGCAAACCUCCAACAGCGCCAACACAUCAGGACCAAGGCGUGGUCAAGACACGGGCUGGCCGAGUGGUUAA